AUGUAUAUAGGAGAAUUAUCCAACGAAAUAGAUAACAAAUUUGACUUCAAAAAUGAUUCCAAAUUUGGAGGUGAACCCAUUUGGAUAAAUGAUAAAGAACCAACAAAUUUAAAUUUGAAAUGUUCUAUAUGCAAAAAAGACUUCACGUUUUUAUUUCAAUUAUCAACAUCUUAUGAUGAAUAUAUUAGAGUAAUAUAUUUGUUCUGUUGUAUGAAUAGUAGUAAAUGUAAUAUGAAUAAAAAUAAUUGGGUUUGUAUAAAGGGUAAAAAAAAAUUAGUUCAUGAGUUAACAAAUAAUGACAUACAAAAAAAUAAUAAUAUGGACGAAUCCAAAAAUAUGGAAAAAAAGAACACUGAUAAUUUAAUAUAUAAUAAUAAUUAUAAAGGAAAUAAUACCUUUUCUAUUUUUUCUAAUGAAAAUACUAAAAAGGAAGAUUCUAUUUUAGAAAACCUAAAUUCGAGAGAAGAAAAAUUAAUUGAUUGGAAUUCUUUAUUUUCAAAAAAGACUAUUGAUAAUAAAAAAUCAAGUAGUUCUCUUUUUAGUAAUUCUUUAAAUGAAGGCUUAAAUUAUGUUAAGGAAAAAUAUAAAAAUGAUCAUAAUACAAAUAAAUACAACAAUACAAAUAUAAAUAAUGAAUGUUUUAAUAAACAUAUAAAUUGUGAUAUAAUAAAAUCAAAUAAUGUACAUGACAAUAAGAAAGAAUUAGAUACAUGUAAUGAUAUAACUCUUGAAACUUUAAAAAGUACUAACUGUAAUAAUUAUCACUUACCUUGCUACUAUAUAUCUUUAAUAGAAGAUGAUGAAGAGUGUGGAAAAGAUUAUUUAUAUGAAAAAGCAAAAAAAAUGUAUGAAAUGUAUGAAAAUAAUAAAAAUAAUAUGGAAGAUGAUGACUAUUUAUAUAAAGAAAAUGAUAAUGAUAAUGAUGAUGUAAAUAUAGAUAAUAAUAAUGAGGAAGGUUUUGAAAAUGAUUUUAAUGGAUGCGUAAAAUUUUAUUCAUAUUUAAGUAAAAAUUAUAAUCAAAUCUUAAGAUACUCUUACAAUGGGAAGUUUUUAUAUAUGUUUAAAUCUACAAAAACAAAUAUAAAACAAAAGAAUAUGACAUGUUCACAUUGUAAGCAUAAAUUAUUAUUCGAGUUGCAAUUAUUUUCUACAUUUAUUUAUCAGAUUGAAAAAAAACUUGAACAAAAAAAGAAUCACUUUUUAAAAAAAUUUAUAAAUAAUUUUAAUGUAGGUAAUAUUAUAAUAUUUACCUGUGAACAAGAUUGUGUUAGUAUUGAUGAUAUGUAUUCAUAUGAGCAUAUCGAACUAGAAAUUUUUUAA